UUUGAUUUUCCCUUUUCCGCAUACCAUCAUUUGUGAUUAAGUUUGAAUUGAGUCGAGCGGUCCUAGUCUUAUUAGCUUUCCUUUUACUGUAUUCUCUACAGAAGCAGUUAAUGUGAGCAAGGAAAGGAUAUAAGUGCAAGCUCCUCUUGCUGUAUUUCGGAAGAUUGAAAAAAACAUGGCCUAUCACGUAGCAGCAUGGGAUGUGUGACUAGGGGAAGCUUAAUCAUGUUCUCCAGCUUACGCAACAACACAGAAAUAGCUUAUUGCCUUAAUAUUUCCCUGCUCCCGUUUCUUUUUCCUUUUGUCCUUUCAUUUUGGUUUUUUGAGCUGUUAACUUUUUUUGUAGGCAAUGAAUAGCCCUAUACCCGUGCCUGACGAUAGCAAAAUUUGCGGUUAUUUCGACGAAGAUGCGUUGACGGUUAACUGCAGCGAUCCAAGUCACCCGUCGAAAUUAUUACUAGCGUAUGCGAAAUGUGCCAAUUUACAAAACGAUCGUGACAAGUUAAAGCCGCGCUACAAAGGAGGAUCGGCUCUGCGGAUCAACAAACCGAGUUACUCUCACUCUACUUGUCCUUCCUUCCUACAUAUGCAUAUACCACGUCCAGUUCUGAAACCUUCCAAAAGUGCACCCAGUCGCACAUUACAACACGAAGUAAUACCCACCCCAACCUCUUCUACGGAACUAGCAAGCACUACGAGCGACGAUUCAAUUUCCAUAAAGCAACAGCGUCAUUUGAAGCGUCAUACCACUAUUGGCACCGUAUUAAACGAUCCAGCCAUAGUACGAAUUAUUGAUUAUACCAGCAACACCAAUCAUGAAUCUGCCCGUAGUGAAUGUAGCGAAGACCAGCGAGACCAGUGUCCACUUUCAACUAGGUUAUUAAAGUUCAACGAUCCAAUGGAUCCUGAAUGCAAGGUUUUGAUCAACCCAGUCCCUAAUAGGGAUCGGUUGCGCGGCCAUUCGUCGGAUACGGAGUGCUCUCCUCAAUCACGUCGAGGUUCAUCUUCCUGUCCGGCCCUGAAUCAUUUUUGGCACCAUCAACUGAAAACAGAAUAUCAGCAACAGCAUCGCUAUUCGCUUUUGGAACAUCGUACCUUGAAUCUGGAACUUUUCACUCAUCAGCUUGACCAGCGACUUCGAUCUAUUGAAACCCACUCCGCCUAUUCACCCGCUGACUUGGAAGACGAUACCAUGGUAGACACCGAAGCCGUUCAUAAUAUAGUCAAUAAAAGAGAACCCUCCACCAAACAUCAGGACACGGACACCUAUCAUGAUCAGUUCAAAGCGUUGGAUCCCCACGAUGGCGAAGAAAAUCAUGGUGGCAUGGUAUCGGUUUCAAAUCGACUGACUCUGAAAAUCAACGACCCAAACGACCUGGAGAUUGAACUUCAGCAGUUGAAACAAGCUCUCCACCAGCAGCAACAGGAAACCGCCGCUUGGGAAAAACGAUGCAAAGCUAUGCAGAGCCGAAAUGGUGAUCAAGAUAGGAUGAACGAUAUCAUGCAUCAACUGCAUAUCAAGAAUAACGAGGUGACGAAACUGCAAGAGGAACUCAAAGAUGCUCUGAGCAAAGCCGACAGUAUAUCCUCAAGAUUUCGCAACUUGCUCAUACAAAAUAGCCAGCUUUUGGAGAAGUAUCAACAGCUGCAAGAUGCCCGAUUUUUGCAAGAAACAAAAACCCGAGCUAUGGCAACGGAGCAUGGUGACUUGCUUGACCGAUUACGUGCUGAAGAACGAAAACGAGAACAGGUGGAGCAUAGUGUGACAGAGUUGCAAAAACAACAUGCGCUUGAGCUCAACCAUCUGCAUCAAAGGAUUCAAUCACUAGAGGGAAAAUUGAGUGAACGGCAACUCCCUCCUGCUCCUCCCAUGAUAGACACGUAUCCGCCCAAUCUCCGUAAUUCAAGCGUGAUAAAGCCAACGGUGAUUGAUCAGAGCAGCAAGCUUCCUACACCACAUUCAUCGCCUUCGACGAGCAGUCUCGUGAAAGAUUCCCCUGUAAAGGAGGAAGACGGUUAUCUUAUCUUUGACUCCAACUGCAAUGGCGAAAUUAUCAGUUGCCGAGUGAAAAUACCGACCAUGGCAUCAUUUAAACAUCAGCGAGCUUAUGACGCACCUGCCACUCUUAUUACACCUCCCCUGACAAGAGCAGCAUCUCCUCAGCGGACAAAACGAGCCACGGCACCAUCCAAUACAUCGAUUGUCAAGGCCUCUCAAAAAGGCCUCAAUCCAAACGCCCCCGAAUGGCGCUGUUCAAAAACAACGUGAUAUGUUCAAUGGCUGCUCACCACCUGUCGGUGUCUUCCUCGCUCUAUUGUUGCUAAAAUUUGAAGAAAGCCUUUCAUCAUUUGUCUUUUCAAUUUUUCCGAUAAAUAUAGAACCUCUUUUUUUUCACAGAUUAAAACAUUAAAAGCCAUUCUUACGGCUGAUCAAA